AAGAAAAAUGGUAAUUGCUCCGCUGCAAUGCGUCUUUAAAAACUGGGCGCUAAAAACUGAGUCAGGACUCGAGACAUAACUCACAUAACAGCCACCGCCGGAAAGUAAACAGACAGACGGAAAUGGAAGAAGCAGGCGGCAGCGAACCGACUACGAUUACAGUAAAUGUGAAAUUCAAGGAAAGUUUGAUUCCAUUGAAUAUCUCCGCCGACUCUACAGUCAAAGAGCUCAAGUCUCUCAUUCAGCCGCGCACUAAUGUCCUCCCUGGCGACCAAAAUCUCAUCUCUAAAGGGAAGCGUCUUGUUGACGAGAUGACACUUAGGUCCUCCGAAGUUGACCAUGGCUCGAAGAUCAUGCUAUACCAAGCGGACAAAGCCGAAGCGGACGACUUUGUUGCUUCCAACUAUCGGAAUCAGAUUGAGCGAUGGAAGUUUACAGGAGUGAUAGCGUUAUAUAAGUCUAAUCUGAAGGCCAUCCCUGAUGCAGUAUGGGAAUGUGGAAGUUCUGCAAAAUAUCUUGCGCUGAAUGGUAACUCCUUAGAAGAAGUUCCUGCCAGAAUUAGCCAUUUAAGUUCUCUUCAUAAUCUCCUUCUUGAUGCAAAUGGCAUUGAGGACAAAAAUUUAAGCUGGGAAGGGAUAGAGUCUUUGAAGUCUCUGAUAGUUCUAUCUUUGAAUGAGAACAGGUUAACAAUCUUACCUUCCAACCUGGGUGAAUUGACAAGCUUGAAGCAGCUUCGUAUUGCAAAAAACAAGUUGACUUCUCUCCCGAUCGAAAUUGGCCUUUUAAAAAAACUUGAGGUCUUGAAGGCCAACGACAACAGGUUAAGCACCAUUCCGACUAGCAUAUGUGGGUGUGCUUCUCUUGAUGAUGUUGAUAUUUCAUCUAAUCUUCUGACUGAGUUACCUGAUAACCUUUGCAAGCUGAAGAACUUGAAGGAAUUGCAUCUCAGAAACAAUAGUUGGCUCAAAUCUCUUCCCACUACCAUAUUCAGACUUUGUAAUCAACUCUCCAUAUUGGAUGUGGAUGGUACUGAAAUAACAACUGAUUAUCUCCGUCAGCUAGAUGGGUGGAAUGAAUUUGAUGAAAGAAGGAGGUUAAAGCAUCAAAAGCAACGGGAUUGCAGAGAAGCGGCUGGAUAUGAGAGUGACUAGCUCAGAGUGAGAAAAAAAACUGAAGAGUAUAUAUGGCUGGCUCCAAGUAGUUUUGCAUUUUUGGUCCAGAGAAUUCACAUUGUUGUUAUACUCUGAUAUACAUUAGCUACUUAAUGGUGUUAGUUGGAAACAGUGAAAGCAUUGUUCAUAUUAGUUAGAAACGGUUAAAGCAUGUUGCAUUUCAUAUGCUCUUUCUCAUACAGAAUCCAUUAUAGAUAUUCAUCUUUCUCUCUAUGUUUCUUUAUCGGGUUUAUGUUACUCCAUAGUAAAUUCAUUGCGAAU